AUGGAAAAAAAGAGACGAGCGAGGAUCAACGUAUCCCUAGAGCAGCUGAAAACUCUGCUGGAGAAACACUAUUCUCACCAGAUCCGAAAGCGCAAACUGGAGAAGGCAGAUAUUCUGGAAUUGAGCGUCAAAUACAUGAAAAGCUUGCAGAAUUCUGUUCAAGGUGUUCCCCCAGUGUUCACCAGCGCCGAGUACCAGGCGGGCUUUCGAAGCUGCCUCCACGGGGUGAGCCAAUUUUUGCGGCGCUCCGAGACAAGCUACAGCCUGCCCUGCCACCUGCUGCAGGACCUCUCUCGUGUCGGCCUCCAGGCGGGCUCCCCGGGCUUCAGUACCACGGACAGCGCCACUCCAACUUCUAAUCCUGAAGCGCAGUCUGCAGGCUUCUCCAGAGGCCCCGGGACUAUGGAGCCUUGGGGCUCCUCACCCGCUGCCACCGCCCUGCGCCCAACCAGACAGAGGCUUCUCCUUCCUACCGCCCCCACCACAGCCACCCCAGUUCCUCCAGAGAGUCCCCGGCCGGAACUCCAGCGGAACAGCGCUUCUGGUGAGGGUGGAAGAGGGCCGAACGUGUGGCGUCCCUGGUAA